UCCAAUCUGUUAUGCAACAAAUGCAAGCAAGGUUUCAAUAUUUGUGAAGCAGUGGACCUACAGUACUGCAGGGUGAGCUUAGUACCUGAAAAACGGGUUCGACUGGUUAUAUUAAUAUCUAGAAACUGUGGUAUAUGAAUCAUUAAAAUGGAGCCAGGAUCCAGUGUUGAAGUGAUAAAAAGUCAAAGAGUUUUUUUGUCAAAUGAGAUUCGCCCUGCUCUCAUUAUAAUCAAAGAUGGGAAAAUAUCAGAGAUAGUUACAGCCUCAGACAGAGAAACAACAACUUCAUCCGAGGUGCUGGAUGUUGGGGAGCGUCUGGUCAUGCCAGGGAUAGUAGACAGUCACGUGCAUGUAAACGAGCCGGGGCGCACUGACUGGGAGGGCUACUGGACAGCCACACGAUCUGCAGCGUCCGGAGGAGUCACCACCAUUGUGGACAUGCCUCUCAACAGUAUCCCCCCUACAACUACCCUGCAGAACUUCAGGACCAAGCUAGAGGCUGCCUCUGGGAAAUGCUUCGUAGACACAGCAUUCUGGGGAGGGGUUAUCCCUGGCAACCAGUCAGAGCUGCGGCCCAUGAUCCGAGCAGGAAUUCCCGGGUUUAAGUGCUUCAUGAUCCACAGUGGAGUCGAGGAGUUCCCCCACGUGUCAGAGAGCGACCUACAUACAGCCAUGGCCCAGCUGCGAGGCACCGGGAGCGUUCUGCUGUUUCACGCUGAGACAGAGCUUGAGGAGCAGAGAAUUGAGAAUGAAGAUCCCUGUGAAUAUUCAGCCUUUCUGAAUUCUCGACCUGACACCAUGGAGGUGGAGGCCAUUCAAACAGUCUCCCAGCUUUGCCUGCAGUACCAGGUCCAGUGCCACAUUGUCCACCUGUCCUCUGCCAAAGCGCUUGAUAUCCUGAAAGCUGCACGCAAGGCUGGUGCCCCGCUGACAGUAGAAACCACUCACCACUAUCUGACCCUGUCUGCUGAACACAUCCCCCCAGGGGCCACGCUCUUCAAAUGCUGCCCCCCUAUCCGCACACAAGACAAUCAGGAGAAGCUCUGGUCUGCACUAAAAGACGGCCAUAUCGAUAUGGUGGUCUCGGACCAUUCACCCUGCACUGCUGACCUGAAGAAGCUGGACUCUGGGGACUUUAUGAAGGCAUGGGGUGGCAUUUCAUCAUUACAGUUUGGACUCCCUCUGUUCUGGACCUCUGCCCGAAAGAGAGGCUUCUCGAUACCGGAGGUGGUGAAAUUUCUGUGCCAGAAACCUGCAGAGCUCUGUCACCUCGGCAACAAGAAGGGUUCCUUUCUUCCUGGCUAUGAUGCUGAUAUUGUCAUUUGGGAUCCGGAGAAGGAGUUUGAGGUAACAGACGCAUGCAUUCAUCAUAAAAACAAGCUUACCCCUUACCUUGGCUGCAGACUGUAUGGAGAAGUGUUUGCGACUCUUGUCAGGGGGAAAAUCGUCUAUCUCAAGGGAAAGUUCUCCCCAAAUCCACUGGGAGAACUCCUUCUUGCACAGUAGAAGGAAUCUUCUUGCACAGUAGAAGGAAUCUUCUACUGACAAACCAACAUUCAUUCUGUUUUGUGAUUUCAUCACAAUAAUUACACCACAGCUUUUAAUCUUUAAUGCAAAACCAGUUACUGUAAUAAUGUCUUUGUUUCAUAUUACUCUUAACUCUUAUUAUUUCUACUAAUACCAAACAAGCAAUGUCAGUAUUUUAAUUGUUUUCAGCUGUUUGAAUUUAAAUAAAACGUGCGGUUUCAGAAGUGCAGUUGUGAAUGCAAUAUUUGGCAACUAGUCCACCAAGUCCACUUUCCAGCUAGUUCAAAUCAGGCUUAAUUCCGAUAGUUGGAACAAAACCCAAAUAAUCUUGCAUGCAAGCACCUGGUCUGCUAAAUAUAUUUCUAUUUGGUGACAUUCUUACAACUUACAGCUAAGCAGCAGUAUUAAACAUUAAAGCUGGUUUCUAAUCCAGGGAUUCCUAAACUGUGGUCUGCAGGAUGGUUUCAGAGGAGCCAUAGCACAUACACAAAUUCUCUCCCAUAUGACCCUGUCAGAGCAAUGUUCCCUAGACCAGGGGAUCAGUGCUGCAGUUAGGUGCCCAGGGUUAUUUCAAAUGUAACACUGAUGUCAGCUUCUGCCUGCACUAACAGUAUGUACCAUAAUACAACAAAGUGCGGUGACUGGAAGAGAACAAAAUAGGCAAUUAUACCAAUGCUCUUCAUCAACAUUUUUCUGUAGCAGUUCUUGAUAUAUUUUCUUCUCCCUACAUGAAUAAAAUAACCCAUACCGCUCCUGCUUACCUUUACAGGCAGGUUUAUGCUGCAUUUGCAGUCAGACAGUGAACGACAGUACAGUAAUUAUGAAGUGGUUUCUCAAAAGUCCAAGAAAUGACACAGAACAUAAUGAAAGCAGUAGCACUUAUACUGGUGCAAAGAAACAACCUCUGUCACUGAAGGUAUGCAAAUCUAAAUUUUGGAUGGGGGUCUUUUGUCCAGUUGCCUAAUGUCACAGGGAGCCUUGAGCCAAGAAAGUUUAAAAACCCCUGUUCUAAUUGAUAUCCAGAAAUGCUGCAAGCAAGCAACUGGAAUAAUUGUUUUUAAAAAAAAUAUAUAAAUAAUAUAUUUUUUUAACGUCAGUUUUGAUUAAUAAAGAACAUGUUGACAUGAAAAGGUUCUAUUUUGAUGAUGGCUUCAUUAACCGCAUGUUAAUGUCUCCUCUAUUGAAGGGCAGUGUGGCUUGUGAAUAUUACAAUAUUGAUGAAGGAAAGGCUUUGAAGCAAAUUAUAUUUAGAUUUGCAAUCUAGAACUGGGUCUGUAUGGAUUUCAAACCCAUUAAACCUGGUCUAGUAUCAGAAGCGUCUGUUUCAAAUGAAAAUGACCUAAUUGCAAUACAUUCUUAAACCAUACUUCCAAAAAACUUUCUUUCACAUAACUGUCAAUACAGUACAAUGUGCAUCUAUGUGUAAUAAUAAUCAGAAUUUGUAAUACCGGUGUCUUUAUUGUAUUUUGUUAUGGGAUUUUUCUAGUUAUAAAUGGCAGCUGUUUCGAUUUACUGAUGACCCUGCUGCCUCCUCCUCUCUCAAGUGUGAACUUCAGUGUAUCAGUGUACAUUGUUGUUUUUUUUUUUACCAUUCUAGUACCACAAUUCAUAUUAUUCAUAUAAAAAUGAGAAACAACAUUUUUUUUAAAGAAAACUUUUUGGUUUCAGGCAAAUUUUGCUUUUUAAAGCUGACCAAAUGCUUUUCUGUCUACCAGAACCAUACCAUGCUGUGAAGAAAUAUUCCAUCAAUUGUUGGUAUUGUAAGUUUUGCUGCUCAUGAAAUACAAAUCAAUAGACUGGUUGAGCUCUUUCACAACAGCAAAGGCCAGAGCAUGCUCUUGUUUAAGAAGAGACUGAAUUCUAUUAAUGAUUAUAUUGUCCUGUACCCUUUGGAAACUAACUAGGUGGCAGUUUAAAUGCUUGUUUGGAGGAAUUCAUAUAACAUGACAAAACUUGUUAAGAGACUAACCAUUAAAAUCAUUUCACCACUACACAUUUAAAGAGUUAUUCAAAAAUAAACACAAUUUGCAAAAAAUAAAAACUUUGUGAAUACAGAUGUGCCCGGCUCUUUUACACAGUGUUUAAGACUCUCGCUUGCAAUGUGUGUGGUCGAUGGUUUGUGCCCAUGUAAUACAAGUAUCACGAUAAUCUGAAAAGCGGUACUCUAGAUAUACUGCCAAGCACUCCUCCCAGCUUACUCAAUUCAGUUCUUCAGCGCUGUCAGUACUCUGCACUUUGACAAUGACUGCUGCAAGGCAAACUAUCGAGAGAAGAAAUGAGUGAUAAACACCUGUUUUGCAUCAGUUAAUGAUUUAUUAGAAUGUGUGAGCUUGAAAUUGUUUUUUAUAUGUUAAAUUAAAGCUGACUGGUUAAUUUGUGGGGGUUUUAUAGUGUGUGUAUCUCCAUGAGACAGUAGAAGUGUCAAAAGAAAGGUAAAUAUUUCUUUAUUUACCAGGACCCCAGUCCCAAAAGGUCACAGCAAAAACAUAUGUUUCUGUUUCAUAGGGAUUGUUUUUCUUUGGCCCAAGAUCAAUGUGCUGGAGGUCAGGGACCUGCUUAUUUAAAUUCUUGUCUUUUUAUACAAGCGGUCUGCAGACACGGAGUUAGCACACAGUGAGGCCCCAGAGAGGAGUGGUUAUUAAGCAUGUAGAGGGCUUUGAUUUGCAGAGGUGCUCUUUUGGCAAAGCAGGUGACACUAGAAAGCUCCCUGCCUACUCGGAUUUCAUCAGUUCUGGUACCUCUCUACUAUCGUGCCAUGUCCUCCCUUACUGUCCCAGUGCCUGCCUCUCUACUCCUACCCCUGAAAGUCCCUUACCGUCUUCUGUUGGGACCUGGACCCUCCAAUGUCCCUCCGCGCAUCCUGUCUGCAGGAGGUACACCCAUAAUUGGACACAUGCAUAAGGAACUGUUUGAGAUAAUGGAUGACAUUAAAAAGGGAAUCCAGUAUGCCUUCCAGACAAAGAAUGAGCUGACGCUGGCGAUCAGCGGCUCUGGCCACGCUGCCAUGGAGGCUGCGCUGUAUAACGCGGUGGAGCGCGGGGAGACAGUCCUGAUUGGAAUCAAUGGUAUCUGGGGAGAGAGGGCAGCGGACAUCUCCGAGAGAAUGGGUGCAGAUGCUAAAAGACUAGUCAAACCACCUGGCGAGUGUUUCACCCUACAAGAAAUAGAACAGGCCUUGUCAAAACACAAGCCAGUGCUGUUCUUCAUCACACAUGGAGAGUCUUCGACUGGAAUAGUGCAUCCCCUAGACGGACUAGGAGCCCUGUGUCACAAGUAUAACUGUUUGCUUCUAGUAGAUUCGGUGGCUUCUCUGGGUGGAGUCCCCAUAUACAUGGACAAACAAGAGAUUGACAUUCUGUACACUGGAUCUCAGAAGGUCCUUAACGCUCCCCCCGGUACAGCUCCCAUCUCCUUCAGCGAAAGGGCAAAACAGAAGAUCUUUAGUCGAAAAACGAAGCCUGUUUCAUUCUACCUGGAUAUGGGCUGGCUGGCCAAUUACUGGGCCUGUGAUGGAAAACCUCGCAUAUACCACCACACUGGGCCUGUCUCUGGAUUCUUUGCCCUCAGGGAGAGCCUUGCUAUCCUAGCAGAGCAGGGCCUGGAGAACACUUGGAAGCACCAUCAGGAAAUAGCCCAAUAUUUGCAUCAGGGGCUUGAGAAAUUGGGUCUUAAACUCUUUGUGAAGGACAAGAACUUGAGACUCCCAACAGUGACCACUAUUGCAGUGCCUGAGGGCUAUGACUGGAGGGACAUCACCACAUACGUCAUGAAGAGCUACAGCACGGAGAUCGCUGGGGGGCUUGGCCCAUUGGUAGGGAUGGUGCUACGGGUUGGAAUGAUGGGAUAUAACUGCACAAAGGCCAACGCUGACCUGGUGCUGCAGGCGCUGGGAGAUGCACUGCAGCACUGCCACAAGAGCAAUGUGUAGCAGCCUGGACAAGCAUGGCACACCCAGCUGCUGCUUCAGCCCCACUGACACAAUAAAGACAGUAUCAUACACUGGGCAUGGAGCUAUGUGUGUCCUGUCUUCUAGUAACAGGGCAAUGUGUUUAUAAUGGGCAGAUGCCUGGGCUCCUGACCCAUUCAAUUUUAAAAAGACUUGCACGUUUAACAAGGCAUUGUUUGUCUUUUUUUUUUUUUUUUUUUGUAACCUUUGCAAUUAAUAAAAUCUAAAGAAUUA